CCUCUAUAUUCCUUCUCGCAUGUACCAGGGUAAAAGAACCGAGGAGCUGGUGUGCCGGCUCAUGACGCACGCGCCCUCCACGGGCGUGCUGCCGUCGCGGCUCGAGCUGUUCUCCCGCCAGCUGAUGCUGCGCUCCGUGCAGUACUCGCCGCUCGGGAUGUGCAUACUGGACCGGCCGUUGGUCGCUUCUGUUAUCGGAGCUGUGACCACGUACUUAGUGAUUUUAAUACAAUUUCAACGAUACGAUAAUUAAAUUAGAUAUCAGAACUAUAGUAUUACCUAUGUGAUAAUGAAGAUCUAAUAAAUUUUAUAAGAAUGUAUAUUUAUGGAAACCUAUCGUAUUGAAACUACUCACAUUAUAUUUGUACUAGAGUUUGUAAAAACAUGGACGAAGAAUGAAGUAUUAUUAGAGUAUCUUAAAUAAAUACUAUUUAUUUAGUCGCACCGGCUUACAUACAUACGUAAAUAUAAUAUUUUCUAGUCAAAUUAUUCUGGUCAUGAAAUUUAUUUUCAUAGCAAAAAAUAUUGCAUUAUAAUAUUAUGU